CUACCUCUAAAGAAAACUAAACAGAGAUAUCUCUAUGCUCUAUUUUGAUACAGAGCUCCACCACCGCUGAAUUUUGAAAUUCACGAUACUAAUUUGUAGCAAAGUUUAUCUCCUUUGGAUCUCUCAAAUUACCAUUUGAGUUUUAAUAUCACUUUAUUUUGAAUAUUAUUAUAAAAUGAUUCUUAAAAAUCUGUUAUUAGUGUGCAACAGGUUAUUUUUUAGAAUUAAGGAACCAGUGGGUUUGUUCACACCAAGUUCGGUUUACUCUAAGAUCAACAAUUGAAUUGAUUGAUCCAUGAUGUCUCGAAAUUCUUCUGUGGCAAUUCUAGCAGAUUGCACUGACCUCGACAAUAAUCCUGUUACUUUGAUGGGUCUAAAUGGUUCAUCAUCAAUGGUCAGUAUUGAAAAUGAAACUAUACUCGGGGAUGACACCAACAUUUCUCCUAAUCAUGUUAUUGGCAACAUUAGUUUCCAAGAAAGAGUUCAAUCUACAAAUUUGGCUGCACUGUUCCCCAGGGGUAACCUCGAUAUAAAAAUGAAGAAGAGAAGAAGUAGUGAGAGUUCCCCGUCCACUUCACACUCAGAAAAUAUUUCGAAUUUGCAAAGCAAUAUAAAUGAUACGAAACCAGAUGAAAAUGUAUCAAAUUCGUUUGAAGAAUGUUCUGAAAACAAAAAGAUGGAAAACGAAGAGGAAUCAACUAAACCAUUCAACAUGCAUAUGUAUCUCAAAAAGAAAUCUGUUAAUAUUUCCAUUGAUUUUAAUUCUGUGAGUGAUUCAAUCAUUGGAAAGAGCAUUGAGGAAAAUGCUACUGAGUCAGCUGAUAAUGUUUCCAAUGAACUAGUUGUUCAAAAUCAUAACGAUAUUGCAAACGUCUGUUCUGAAAAUAAAGAAAUUGAAAAGAAAGAACGAUCUACUGAACCAUUUAAUGAGCAUCUGGAUCUCAAGGAGAAAUCUGUUAAUAUUUCCAUUGAUUCAAAUUCUUUAAGUGACCCAAUCACUGAAACGAUCCUUGAGAAAAAUUCUACUGAGUCAGCUGAAAAUGUUUCCACAGAAUCAGUAGUUGUUCAAAAUAAUAACAAUGGUGAUGAAAACAAAACAAUUAGUAACUCUUCUGAAAUUGAAAAUGGUGCCAUUAUUGAUAAUGAAGAAUAUAACAAUCUUACGAAUAUUCAAACUAGUAAUUCUUUGAAAGCAAUAAACACAACUGCAGUUGAACAAGAUUGUUCUGUAGGAAAUUCAAGGAGCAAAAAGGUUAAAUCAAUUUCCAGUUGUGAUAACAUCAAUGAAGGAUCUAAGGAAAGUCAUCCAAUUUCAUUUGAAAUAAAUUCUAGUUCAAAACAUAUUUCUCAUGUGAUUUCCGACCAUAAUCUUAGAGAUAGAGGUAUCAAUAACAAAUCAUUAAACUUUUCUAAGAGAAGUAGGAGUGGUGAUAAAGACCUUGCUGAUAAUUUAAAGAAUUUUGCCAAGAAAAAUAAAACUUCUGUGGAUGGAAAUGAAGAUUUUACAGAGAAUAUUAGCAUUAUCUCUGAUACUAAACCUGUGACUGCUAGCAGAUUUAAGUACCACAGUACCCCUAUUAGCAGGAGAUUGAGUAACAAAAACAGGAGCAAAAUAAAAUAUAACAGUAAUAUUAAAACAGAAGAUGGGAAUAUUCAACAGGACAGUAAAAUGAUUCAGGUUUCUAAAUCAAUUUUUGGGCCCUCUACUGAAAUAACUAAUGCCACUGUUGUAAAUAAAUCGAUACAAUUUUCUAAAAAUUCUAGUCCAUAUAAUGAAAAAACUGAGAACAACAUCAAAAGAAAAAGUGAAAUAAAAAAUGUUGAGAUAAUGGAGUCAAUUGGUGAAAGUAGAUCCUACCAUUCCAAGUUAGUAUCCACUCUUGAAGACAAUAGUAGUCACUACGCUACCAGAAAAUCUGUUAAAAGAGUAGCAUUCAAAAGCAUUUCUUCUUAUGAAAAUUCUUUUGGUUAUCUAAACAGUUCCGAUGACUAUGCUUCUAGAAAUAGAAAAUCUGUUGGGUUCCGAAAUGGUAUUUCACUCAUAGAAGAUACCGUUGGUGAAAAUUCUGAAGGAGAUAUACAUGGUGCUAAUAAUAGUGAUUUGACAAUUGGAGGCGCAAUGCCUGGUACAGUUAAUGACUUAAAAAGUGAUAUGUCUCGUAAUUUUAUUGCUGAAGUACCUGAAAUAAUUUUGACUGAAAAUGAAAUAGAAUGCAAUGAAACAUCAAAAGAGUGUUCACUAUUAAAUAAGCUAUUUGAAAUGGCAGGGAAUAAAAAAUCUGUCAGGAAUGUGACUACAAGACAAACAAAACUAUCUAGAGGCAGGAGCAAAUUGGAAAGUCGUUCUAAUUCAAUGCAUCGUGAAAAGUGGGUUUCACCUAAACUUGUUAAAUUUUUAAACAAUAAAUUAAUGACAGAUGCCCUAGAUCACAUAGUUAAUACCGAACGAGUAGUUUCUACCCUUUGUUCUGCAGUUAGCGCUGUUAGAAACUUACAAGAUGUUAAUGAUAUAGAUUUUGCUCUAUUGCCUUUGAAAAAUAUUCUAUUGAAGUUUAGAGUUUGUUGCAACAUGAUAGAAUAUUGUACGUUUAUUUCCAGAUUCACUCCUUUCGAAUUCCAGCGUAAGGCAGUACCUCUGGAGGGUUACUUUGGCAGUUGCAAAAGAGGUAUAAAAAGAAAAUUAACAGAUCCCAUAUUGACGGAAACCGAGAAAAUGAAUGUAUUUUCUUGAAAUAUUUGUGGGGUAAAUUUUUUAUUUUAAUUGUAAGAUAGUUGUACAAAGAAAAAUCCAUUUAUUUCCUCCUCUCUAUUAAAUGUAAAGAAUUUACAUCAAUAGAGAGAUUUCUUCAAUUUUAAACUUCAAUUUAAUAAAAUUGUAAAUCAACAAUUGUAUUGUAACUGAGUGUGUAAAUGGCUGUGGUGUAUAAAUUUUAAUGAAAAUUUAUAAUUUAAAUUUUGUUUUGUCAAUGUUAUUAAAAAUUAUUAAUUUAUAUUUAUAUAUAUUGUAACAUCUCUUAUAUAUUUUUUAGCUAAUAAUAAUACCUUAGAAGACCACUUUAUACCAUUAGGAUACUUCUUAAAUAAAUAAGAGGUUAUUUAGUAAUAAACAAAAUGAUAAGAGUAUUAAUAUAUUAAACUGAAAUUUAUAAUAAUUUUAUCUCAGGUAUGGGUUACUAACAACCAUAUCAAAACACUGUUUGAUUUUAAAAUAAAGUCAAAUAUGGAUUGGUAAGCUAACCUUUUUUCUCUAGAGACUGUUUCUUCCUUUGCAGCAUCGAAUUGAUUUGUCUUCAAAUGUUUUCCAAUGAUCUGCCUAACACAACUUCCAAAAUGCUAAUACUAUAACUGGGUUUUACCCACUGGAGCCAGGAUCCCUCCCCUCCUCUCUUCACUGCAGCCAAACAACAACUGCUUGCCAAAAAAUGAAAAAUCCUGUGGCCGUUCCCUCCCCUCUUUGGGAUUUUCCAUUCUGGGGAAACUAUAGAGCAGCUGUUUUCUGAGGAUAUGUACAUCAAUGUUAUACAACUUAGAACACAAAUGAAAGCGAAAAAUGAAAUGAAAAGAAAUUAAAAAGAAAAU